CUCACUCAAAGAUACUGUUCAUCAUCGCCGGUGCAAGUGCUUUCGUGACUUCUCCAUUAGUGGCCGCUUAAAUUUUCUUUUUAAAAAAAUAAAGAACAUUUUUUCUUUUUUGCUAAAAGAUUGCUACUUUUAUUUAAUUAAAAAUGCGCGAAGUCAUAUCGAUUCAGAUUGGUCAAGGUGGCAUACAAAUCGGUAAUGCCUGUUGGGAACUUUAUUUGUUGGAGCAUGGUAUUAAUGCAGAUGGCUCAGUAAAAACUAAAGAGGAAAUAUUGGAUAGUGGUGGCAGUGCAGGCGUGGUGGGCAGUGAAGGUGCCUCGAAUUCAACGAAUGAUGCGCGUACAUUUUUCUCAGAGACUGGCUCUGGGAAGCAAGUACCACGUUCUAUAUUUGUUGAUUUGGAGCCAAGUGUCAUUGAUGAUGUGCGUAACGGAGCUUUACGUCAUCUGUAUCAUCCAGAACAAUUGAUUUCUGGCAAAGAGGAUGCUGCAAAUAAUUAUGCACGUGGUCACUACUCUAUUGGUAAAGAAGUUAUUGAUAAUGUAACAACUCGUAUACAAAAAAUUGCUGAACAAUGUGAUGGACUGCAGGGAUUUUUAAUUUUCCACAGUCUCGGCGGCGGGACAGGUUCCGGAUUUACUUCGUUGCUGAUGGAACGUCUAAGUACGGAUUAUAAUAAAAAAUGUAAGCUUGACUUUGCAGUAUACCCUGCCCCAAAAGUAUCAACUGCGGUUGUGGAGCCAUAUAACGCCUUAUUGACUACGCAUUCUACACUUGAACACUCUGAUUGCGUCUUUAUGGUUGACAACGAAGCCAUAUAUGAAAUUUGCAAAAAUAGCUUAAAUGUCGAUCGACCCGAUUAUCGCAAUCUAAACCGUUUAAUCGCACAAAUUGUUAGUUCGACUACUGCCUCGUUGAGAUUUAGUGGUUCCAUGAAUGUUGAUUUAAAUGAGUUUCAAACCAAUUUGGUGCCAUAUCCGCGUAUACAUUUUCCACUUGUGGCUUAUGCACCUCUCAUGUCUGCAGCCCGAGCUUCCCAUGAGCAGCACGCCAUUACUACACUAACAAAUGCUUGCUUCGAAUCGAGUAAUAUGAUGGUUAAAUGCGAUCCACGCGCAGGGAAGUACAUGGCAUGUUGCAUGCUGUAUCGUGGCGAUGUUGUGCCAAAAGACGUAAAUGCCGCCGUUUCCGCUAUUAAAUCUAAACGUCAUAUACAGUUCGUUGAUUGGUGUCCGACUGGCUUUAAAAUUGGCAUUAACUAUGAGAAACCUGGUUUUGUGCCUGAUGGCGACUUGGCACAGACUUCUCGAGCUUGUUGUAUGCUGUCCAAUACCACCGCCAUUGCUGUAGCUUUUUGCAAUUUAAGUUACAAAUUUGAUUUGAUGUUUAAGAAGCGUGCUUUUGUACAUUGGUAUGUGGGUGAGGGUAUGGAAGAAGGUGAAUUUACUGAAGCAAGAGAAGACUUAGCUGUCCUUGAACGAGAUUUUAUAGAAGUUGGUUCCGAUGAACAUGGUGAAGAAGAUGGUGAAGAAGAGUAUGAUUUUUAAAAAUGAUUCACAAAUAUUUUUAGUGUUCGUCUUUUGGUAUAUUUUGAAUUCAUGUUAUAUACUAUUAGCAUAAAAAUAAAAUGCAUAUUAACUUUUCUCUUAA